AUGGGAAUUCAUCAACUUAUGCAAUUUCUUAAAGAGAAAGCACCAAAUUGUUUUAGGACUUUGAUGCUUGACUAUUUUGCUGGAAGGUAAUAGUAUUAUUUAACAUAUAGAACUAUCGGUUGUGAUGCAUCUAUGGCUAUGUAUUAAUUUUUAAUUUAAACACAAUCUGCAGGAUAAACAUAAAUUAUAGAGUUAACAGAUAAAGAUGGAAAUAGAACUGGACAUCUUGUUGGAUUAUUUAAUAGAACAUUGCAAUUUCUUGAAAAUGGAAUUAAACCUGUUUGGGUAUUUGAUGGAAAGCCUCCUUAAUUAAAAAGUGGUGAAUUGGCAAGAAGAAAGAAAUUAAAAGAUGAGGCUUAAGUUAAAACUGAAUUGGCUCUUGAAUAAGGUGAUAUGCAAUAGGCGUUGCUUUAACAUUAAAGAACAACAACUAUUUCUAGUACUAUGAAAGAAGAUGCAAUAAAAAUGCUGAAAUUGAUGGGAUGUCCAGUUAUUAUUGCACCAUGUGAAGCAGAAGCCUAAUGUGCUGAAUUAUGUAGAGCAGGAAAAAUAUAUGCUACAGCAACUGAAGAUAUGGAUGCUUUAACAUUUAGAACACCUGUUUUAUUAAGAGGAUUCAAUACAAAAAAGGAACCAAUUUAUGAAAUUAUUUAUGAUGAUAUGAUAAAAGAGUUAGAAUUAACAUAUGAAUAAUUUGUAGAUUUAUGCAUUUUAGUAAAAUUAUUUAUCUAUUUUUCAGUGUGGAUGCGAUUAUACUGAAAAAAUUGAAGGCAUUGGACCUGGAACAGCCUAUAAACUUAUAAAAGAAUAUAAAAAUAUUGAAGGAAUUUUAGAACAUGUUUAAAAAGUAAAUGAAGAAAGACAAAAAAAUAAUUAAAAUCCUAAAUAUACAGUACCUUCCAAAUUUUUGUAUUAAGAUAGUCGAGAAUUAUUCAUAACACCAUUAGUUUAAAAGGGGGACGAAAUUUAAGUAUAAUUACAAACUAAUUUCUAGUUAACUUGGAACAAACCAGAUGUUGAAAAUCUGAAAAAGUUUUUAAUAGAAGAAAAAGGCUUUGCAGAAUCAAGAAUCGAUAAUGGACUAAAAAGGAUUGCUAAAAAGGAUCAUACUGGUUUCUAAAGUAGAUUGGAGAAUUUCUUUGGUAAAACCACAAAAGUUAUUCAUCCAAAUAAUAGUAAAGCAAAAGGAAAAUCUAAUAAAAAGAAUGAAUAAACUUAAAAAUCAAAUGGAAAGAAAAAAAUGUGA